AUGACAACUAACAAAUCAAGUGACACAAAAGAAACUCACCCACAAUCUGGGGUCUCCACGAGAGCAACUGCAAAUCGACGUAUGAACAUGCAAAGAAUGCAAAAUGUUCUCCUCAUUUGGUUGGACAACAAUAUUAAUGAAAAUAAUGCUGAUUGUAGUAAUACAAUCACACAAUUAAAACGUGUAGUUAACAACAUAAACACGUUUACGGAUGGUGAAGAAUGUGUUACAUUUAUUCAAACCAUCAAAAACAACAAAAUAUGUAUGAUUGUUUCUGGUUCACUUGGAAAACAUAUUAUGCCUCAUGUACAUGAUAUGUCUCAAUUAGACACCAUUUUUGUAUUUUGUAACAAUCAACAAUGGCAUAAACAAUGGGCUAAAGAAUGGCCUAAGAUAAAAGGAGUUUUCACAGACAUAACAUCAAUCUGUGAAGCACUUAAACAAGCUUCUCUCCAAUGUGAACAAAAUACCAUUUCAAUUAGCUUUGUGGCAUCAAACAAAAAGUUGGAUCAAUUAGAUCCGUCAUUUAUGUAUUCUCAGAUCUUGAAAGAGAUCCUAUUAACCAUCAACUUCGAAGACAAACAUUUCAAAGAAUUUAUUAGUUAUUGUCGUGAAGUAUAUGGUGAUGAUGAAAAUGAAUUAAAGAAUGUUAAUCAACUACAAACAACAUACAAAAACAACAUACCAAUAUGGUGGUAUACAUGGGAUGCAUUUUUAUAUCGUAUGCUCAAUCAAGCACUAAGACACAUGGAUGUUGAUAUGAUUAUUCGAAUGGGCUUCUUCAUUAAGGAUCUACAUUGUGAUAUUCAACGACUAUAUUCUGAACAAUUUGAUGGCCAUCAAUCAGGUACAUCAUUUACAGUUUAUCGUGGACAAGGUCUUUCGAAAGAGGAUUUCACCGAAAUGACAAAAACUAAAGGUGGACUUCUUUCAUUUAAUAACUUUCUAUCAACUAGUAAAAAUCGUGAUAUUUCUCUUGACUUUGCACAACAAGCUGCUACAAAUCCUGAUCUUGUUGGAAUACUAUUUGUUAUGUCAAUUAAUUCUGCGCGCUCGACAACUCCAUUUGCUUCUGCCACAGGUGUUAGUUAUUUUCAUACAGAAGAUGAAGUUCUUUUCUCUAUGCAUACGAUUUUUCGUAUUGGAGAUAUUAAACCAAUGAAUGGAAAUAAUCAGCUCUAUCAAGUGAAUUUAUCAUUGACCAACAACAAUGAUCAAGAUCUUCGUGCUCUUACUGAUCAGAUUCGGGAAGAGACCUUUCCAAAUUCGAGAGGAUGGUACAGAUUAGGUCAAUUGCUAUUUAAAAUGGCUCAGUUUAAUAAGGCUCAAGAAGUGUAUGAAGUUUUACUUCUUCAUACAACAAAUGAGAGUGACAAAGCACCUAUUUAUAAUCAACUAGGUAUGAUCAAACGUAAUCAGAGAGAAUAUUCAGAAGCACUUACAUGUUAUAAAAAAUCACUUGAUAUCUAUCAGAAAACACUUCCUUCCAAUCAUCUUAGUUUGGCUAAUCCCUAUAACAACAUCGGUAUUGUGUUUAGAAACAUGGGUGAUUAUCCAAAGGCACUUUCGUCUUAUGAAAAAGCCCUUGAAAUUCGACAACAAUCACUUCCUCCCAAUCAUCCUGAUUUGGGUGCUUCCUAUAACAACAUCGGUUUUGUGUAUGACAGCAUGGGUGAUUAUCCAAAAGCACUUUGUUAUUUCGAGAAAGAUCUUGCAAUUCUACAACAAUCACUUCCUUUCAAUCAUCCUGAUUUGGGUGAUUCCUGUAACAAAAUCGGUACAGUGUAUGAGAAUAUGAGCAACUAUGCAAAAGCACAUUCAUUUUAUGAACUUGCUGUACAAAUUGGACAACAAUCAUUACCAGCAAAUCAUCCUCAUCUUCAGCGGUACAGAAAAAACCUCGAACGUAUGAAAAAGAAAUUAUAA